UUGAUCGAACAAUAUGCGCAGGCUCUUGAUUUAUCACCACGUAAGCUUAUUGUAGCCAAUAGCUUUGUUCUCCAGUCCCUUCUUCUCGAAUAAUAUCUCUGCGACAAUGGAAAAGUAUGCACACAUCGUUUCUGCGCAGGUCAAAAUUUCGACAAUAUAUAUACUCCUCGACGGGAAGAAAUUAUUAAUUCGAAUAAUACCGUCAAAUAUAGCUAUCACUAUUAAAUAAAGUUAUUAUUUUUUAAUCGUUUGAACAAAGUGAUCAGACGGCCGUCUCAAAAAUAUCGACUAAUUUAUUUAUUUAGAUAUUAUUAUAAAAUUAACGAAAUUGAAUUAUUUGAAAUUCAAUUUCGAAUCAACUCAAUAAUUUAAUUUUUCAAUUUAAUAAAAAUAAUCACAAUGCUGUUAAUAAAGAAUAUUAUUCUGAGUGCAUUGUUUGCUAGUGUUUCGUGCAUCGAAUUUAAAAACUCCAAUUUAACACCAAAGAAUCCUCCAAUCACACACACAAAUAUGGCUCAACUUUUUGAACUUUGUUUCGCAAAUACAUCAAAUCCGAUAGCCAUAACUGAGAACUUGGUAGAGACAUUUCAUAAAAAUUUGUCCAUUACAAUAAAGGCGCCUGUCGUUAUCAUCAACGAAAAUUUCAUCUCCAAAGACAUUCAACUGUACUAUCCAACUUAUCCGAUGUAUAUUUUAUCAGUGUCGAGUGAUAGAGAUUUGUGGAAAAUCGUUGAAAAAUUGCAUUUUUCACCGUUAUGGAGUCAAAAAUCCAUGUUUUUUGUGAUCUUCAAUACCGAAAACUCUUGCGAGCGUUCAGUGGAUAUUCUCAGCGUACUGUGGGAUGCUGAACUGUUAUCAAUCAUCGUAGUUUGUUCCAGAACCGGUAAUGAAACCAGCCUUUAUACUUAUAAUCCAUUCACAAAUCGAGCACCCAAUCCUUGGAUCAAAAUUAAUAUGAAUUUGAUUGACUGGCGUAACCGACCAUUGACCCUUUACAAUCAAUCGCUUACGAACGAUCAUAAAAUAUGUGAGUCACUCUUUUUCGAUAAAACUCAAGUUCUUGAUGGCUAUCCCGUUAAUAUAGCCGCAAGGGAUAAAAUAUCAACAUUUUAUUACGAUUCUUUAUUUAAUUCGAUAAACAUGACUCCACAAGCGACUUACUUUGGAUCAGAUGUUCUUUCUCUGUAUCUUUCAUUAGUAAAUGAAAGUAACGAUGUCAGUACUAUAUACAAUCCGUAUUACAACGACCCUAGUAUUUUUCGCACAGUGCCAUGGAUGGAAGAUGUACUUUGGAUUAUAGUAACACAAAAAGCAAAUUUUCAAUCAGCAUCCUAUGAAAUCGCAAAUGUAAUCGAUAUUAAUGGAGCCAUAGCGAUAAUUUUUCUUCUUCUUCUAAUCACCCUCUUGAUUGUAUUGCACAAUAAGUAUCAAAUCGGAUUGGCUGUUCUGGAUGUUCUGAAGCUGCUGAUGAGUAUGGGGAUCGAUGCACCUCUUGACCGUCUCGCCAUGAAAAUCACCUUCUUCACGGGAUUUUUGUUUGUUUUCUUCUUCAGUCCAUUGCUUGAGGGACAAUUAUUUGCCGUAUUAACUCACCCGCCGACUUAUAACAUGGAGUCCCUUAAAGACUUGUACGAUCAUAAGUAUCACGUAUAUUAUCCCAGCGGGAUUGAAAGUUACAUUUUAGAUGAGCAAAUAUGGAAAAGUAAUGAGGAUAUGAAAUACUUACAUAACUAUAGCGAAUCCUACUCCUUAGACGAUUGUUUGAAACUAGUCCGCGAAAACAAUACAGUUGCGAUUAUCGAUGCAGAAUCAUUUAUACUUAAAUCCGUUGUUCAACAUAAUUUGCAUAUAUCAAAACGUUUCAAGAUGAAUUUGUCCAGUUUCAAGCAUACGAGACUAUUUUGGGCUUUGGCAGACCGAUUUUACCAUAAAGCAUUACACCUGCAAAGCUCCGGAAUUGGAGUUGUGUUAGCGGAUAAAUUUACAAUGAAAUCACGAGAUAAGCUGAGAGCUAAGGAAAAACUUAAAAGAAUCAUUGAUUAUCAAAUAAUUGACGCUGUAGAUUUAACGUAUUUAUAUGUAUUUAUGGCAUUUUUUCAAUUUUUGGCGAUUAUUGUAUUUGGUAUUGAGUAUAUUGUCGGACGUUAUCGCCGUCCAAGACAGUAAAAAAUAAAAAUCCAUUAACUUACAAAAAAUAUGUGUACAGUCACGUGUAAUCGGCUUAAUAAAUUCCAUCACUUGAAUUGUCUCUCGUUUAUAACAUUUAACUUCAAUUUAUUGAAAUUAAAUAUUUUAUCGACUAUAGUUGAAUUGGCGAGAUUUUGCGUUUCGGAUAUUUUCGGUUUCUAUCCCCACCAUCUAAAUUUAAUACCUAAGGCAUGAUGGUGGGGGUAAGAAAACGAAGCGCUUAAUUUCGCUAAUUCAUCCCAACUGUAUCGACUUACACAAUUCUUGAAUGUGAAAUCAAUCAUUUGACUGUCGACUGUUUCUUCCAUAAUAAUAUUUAUCAAAGUAACCGCUAACAAAAUUUUUGAGUAUUGAAAUAUUAUUUUAAAGACAGCAAUAAUUAUAAAAAAAUAAAAAAUAUAUAUUUUUUAACUUCAAGUUGUGUUGUGAUAUUUUUUUAAUUUAUUUCGAAAUAAUGUAAAUGAAUGUAAAUUUUAUUUUAUAAAAAAAUUAAAUAUUUUAUUGCGGCACCACAUAAUUAAAUAAUCUCAGUCUUGACCACGAUUCCAAAUACUUAAUUAAUAAUUCAAGUAAUUAAUCAUAAUUUGUAAGUAAUGACUAACGAUAGACGAGUAAUUUAAAUAGGCUGAUGCUAGUCGUCUACUAAUCGGACGACUAAAUUAUUUUAUUUGUCUAAUUGUUGGAAGACUAAAUUAUUUUGUUCGUCCAUGACUAAAAUAUUCUACAGGCAAAAUAAAAAAAGCACACGUUUUUGUCUAUAGAGAAUCGGAAAUUUUCUUGAAAGACGUACUCAAGAAUGAUCCUGAAGUUAACGGAAAAUGAACAAUUUUUGAAUAUUUUUUUUUUUUUUUCAGCAAUUUAAUUGAAAAAAAAAAAAAAAAAAAAAAAAAAAAAAAAAAUUUGCACCUAUAUUAGUCGUCCGAUUAGCAGAUGACUAGACACACCGAUUUAAAUAUUUUCAAAUUUGUAAAAUUAUAAUCACUUUAGAAUUUUUUAAAUUGUGACUAAUUUAUAAGAAUAAAAAAUAAUGUUAAAAUA